AUGUUUGCAAGACUUGGAUUUAAUUGUUUGCGCUUAUAUGCUGAUGAAAAUGAGGAUGCGGCUAGCGUAAGUCAUACUCAUCAUGAUGCUAGCGCUCACAGCGCUAGAGUGCCCCAUGAGCACUUGAGUGCUACACAUUUAUCGUCAACGAACAUACCGGAUGAAUCACAGACGAUUGGUAAAGUGAAAUGGGACGAGUAUCCUUUGAAGAAGAGGGACAGUUUUGCGGGAAGUGCAGAAGUGAAGCCACCGCCCGAACCAUUAUGGAAGAGGACUGUGAAGCUGCUCAAGAUCCUUUUACCGCAUAUCGGUCUAAAUAUCCUCUUAUUAUCAUACAUCGCUUUUGGAGCACUAGUCUUCAUAUGGCUUGAGGCUGAUAACGAUUUACAGAUUGAACGACGGAUGCGGCCCUUAUUAACGGUGUUAUCGAGAGCUCAUGAGUAUGACGACCGGUUUACACUGAACAGUCAAAUGUGGACUGACGCUGAAGAGCAAAUAAUGACCAGAUGGUCGUUUGCGGCAGCUGUCCUUUAUGCACUCACCGUCAUUACCUCCACUGGUUAUGAUCAUGUGACACCAACCACCGAUCCUGGUCGUAUAUUCACUGUAUUCUUUGGACUGGUUGGUAUUCCGUUGAUGUUCAUAACGGCUGCAGAUAUCGGUAAAUUCUUAUCCGAAAUUGUGAUUCGUUCGUACGGUAAAUUUCUGCAGUUGCUGGCGUGGAUGAGUUCAGUGAUCGAUGCGAUACGUGAAUACAUCAGUGAUGAGGACGACGAUUCGAUCGACUCAAGGAAGAGGCGCGGUUCACGGCGUGUCGAUAUCCUCGAUGAAGAGGAGGACGAAGAAGAUCGUUUACAGUUACCGAUCGCCUCUUAUUUUGCGUUGAUCAUUGGGUACUGCGCGAUUGGCAGUUUACUUUUCAACGCAUUUGAAAAGGGUCCCAUAUGGUCAUUUAUGCAUGGUUUAUUUUUCUCGUUCAACACGAUCACGACUAUUGGGCUUGGCAACAUAUACGUUCGGAAUCAGUUUUACCUCGCUUUAAUCGUAGCAUAUGUCAUAAUUGGCUUGGCAGUCAUAACGGCAUCACUUGAUCUGUGCAGUUCUACACUCAAGAGAACGUUCACUAAGUUGCACUACUUCGGCAGAAAAAUACGUGGUGCACGACGGGGUUUUGCGAAUAUGAGUGACGAUAUUCGUGAAGCAAUGCGGAUCAUUGCUGCCCUCAAAAAGACUAGGCCAAGCAAAGAGCGAAUAACACUCGAGGAUCUGAAGCGAUUCCUGGAGGUACAAGAGCACUUGAUUCGACAGCCGUACGUACCAUAUAAUGUGCACAUCUUCCGAUGGAUUGAAGAUGCGUAUGCACAAUAUUUUGAUGAAGCGGGCGUGAUGGGCGAAAAGGAGAAAAUGUGUACAUCUGAGCCGAUUUUGUUCUUCUGA